UUUGCGGGCGGCGCGGCGCGGGGCGGCCGCCAGGCCGGAGCGCCACCAUGUCGUCCGGGAACGUGUCGGACGAGCUGAAGCAGCAGGUCAUGAUCAACCAGUUCGUGGUGGCCGCGGGCUGCGCCGCCGACCAGGCGCAGCAGCUCCUGCAGGCGGCCCACUGGCAGUACGAGACGGCCCUGAGCGCCUUUUUCCAGGAGUCCAGCGUCCCCUGCAGCCAGCCUCCUCAUCAGAUGAUGUGCACACCCGCCAACACUCCGGCCACCCCCCCCAACUUCCCCGACACCCUGGCCAUGUUCUCGCGCCUCAAGGCCUCGGAGAGCGUCAGCAGCAGCAGCAGCCCGGCGGCUUCCAUGGCGGCCUCCCCGCCCCCGCCGCCCCCCCAGCCCGGAGGCUUCCACUCAGCCUGGCCUGCCAGCCCCCCUCCCGGGACACUGUGUGCGUGGACUCCAGCCGCCCCCUCGCAGCCCGUGGGCUGGCCCGGCAGCGUCUCUCAGCAAGCCAGCCCCGAGCCCAAGGGCAGCGCGGCCCUGGAGGCGGAGAGAUGAGGCGCCCGGCGACGGGCCUGAGCAGGGCCCCGUGCUCACGUGUUCUGUCCGAGGGGGUGCGGAGCCCCUCGCGGCCUCGGCGACACGCGCCUGCAGCCGGCAAGCAAGCCGCUCGCUCCCUCCGCAGGCUGGCCCGGCUCUCGUGGUGGAGGACCCCUGCCCUGGCGAUGGGGGAGCCGGACCCCAUGGAAACCUCAGGCAAGGCUCGCGCUCAGCCAGUGCCUUGUCUCUUGAGGGAGGGUCCGCUCCCCCCAUGCCUCGUGGAGCAACAGAUUACGGGCAGCCCUUGCACCUUCAUCGGGACUCCGGCAAAGCAGCAGCACCGCCGACGUUUGCGCUGGAAGCCGCCCGGAGGACGGGGGGGCUUGUCCAGGGCGGCGGGGGCCGGGCAGUGGGGGACACGCACGCUUCUGGCUGGGCCCGCAAGAUGCGCUCCCCGCCCGGCCCCGUUUCCCCCUGCGGAGGCCCGCCUUCCUCCUCCUGGGGCCGCGGCCGCUUCGCAUGGCGACUCCAGGCCCCAGAGCAAGCACAGGGUUUGCCGUUUUUAAGCCGUUUUGUUUUAAUAAUCUGUGCAUUUCCUUUUGCGGAUUAAAUCCUUUCUGACGUA